UUACAUGUGAUGAUCAUUUCAAAUUAAUAAUUUGAAUCAAUGAAUUUGUAUUUCAAUGAUUAAUUGAAAGUAUUUAUUAUGUUUGUGAGAUUAUCGUUGAACAGAAUAUUGGAAAGAAAAGUUGUUUGUAGAUUAAAAUCUCAUGGUGAUCGAUCGGCUCAUCAUUUGUCCGGUUCUCAGUUUCAAUUUACUUCGACCUCUUUGUUAUUGAUAACAAGAGGACGAAAUCAUGUUAAUCAAAGGAUUAGCGUUAAUCAAUCACAAUGUUCUUUCCUUCAAUCUGUUCGUUGUGCUUCAUCUUUUCGUGAUAAAAUGAUUUCUAUCAGUGAGUCAAUCGGAACUUCAUUUCCAGUCUCGAAAUGCACCGAUGCCUUAAUUUGGGUUCAUGACACUACCGGUUUACCUUGGUGGUUCAGUAUAAUGGUUUCGACUUUUAUUUUUCGGUCUUUGAUUGUUUUUCCUUUCAUGUGCUACGAUCGACGAAUUACUCACAAAUUAAUAAAUGUUGGCCCUGAAAUAUCAGAACACACGGAAAAAGUGGCCGAGCGGUUGAAGAAAAUGGUAGCAUUUGGUCAGUUGAAAAAGGGAAAGUAUCGCAUUAGUCUCAUGCGAGCUCACAAAAAGAAAGCGACUCAAGUUUAUAUCGACAACAAUGUCCACCCUGGUCAACGAGUUGUCUUAAUUGCCUUUCAGUUUCCAUUCUGGAUCACCAUGUCUUCCGCUCUCAACAAUCUCUGUGUCAGACCCUGGCUAUUGAAAGAUCCAUCGGUACAUGAACAAUUUUUCACCGGAGGAGUUUCUUGGUUUCAGAAUUUAACGAUUCCUGAUCCUUAUUAUGUUUGGCCUGCGAUGUUUUUUGCAUCAAUUCUUUCAAGCAUCAAGAUAACAGAGAUCAUCAAGAAUCAGAACAGAGUGAUGGCUGAAACUAAACUGGAAAGAGUCUUAAUGAUAUUUUUGAAGGGAUGGACAGUCGUUCUACUAGGAUUGAGCUCGUUCACACCAUCGGGCUGUGUAUUAUAUUGGACAACUUCGGCAGCAUGUGGAACUUUACAUCAUUACAUCCUUUCAUUUCCUAAGAUUAGAAGAAUGUUAAAAAUACCAGUGAUCAAAAAUGACCCCAAGCCGAUCGAUUGGAAACGACUGACAGGCUCAACACAGAAAUAGUGAUAAUAAACUUGUUGAAUUUUUUGAAAAA